GUAAGUCUCUCUGUGCGCAAAAAUUACAUCUACACUUAGAAACACUCUUUCUCUUUAACUUUCCCAGGUCUAUACCUCGUUAACGAAACACCUUUUCCCCGCAAGCUCCUGCGUGAACCCACCACAACCGCAUGUCCACCACGCACCGCAUCACCGCCCUCACAAACCACCUCUCCCCACCCACAACACGCGCCCCAAAGAUGUCCGCCCCAGAAAAGAAACCCCCAAUAACCUGCCACGUCCUCGACACAACCCUCGGCCGCCCGGGACCCAACAUCCCCGUAACCCUCACUCUCCACGCCACAACCACCACAAGCACAGAAACCGCAACGAAGUUUACCGGCCUAACCAACGCCGACGGCCGCGUAACCGCCUGGACAUCGUCCACACCCUUCUCCUCCGCGAGUCUCGAAGAACUGUUCGCGCAAGAGGGAGACCAAAAGUACAGUUUGACAUUUGAUACCGAGCGCUACUUUGGGGAGAGGGGGGUUAAGACGUUUUUCCCGGAGGUAGAGGUCAAGUUUUUGGUUAGGCAGGAGGCAAAGGGCGAGCAUUAUCAUGUGCCGGUGUUGUUGGGGCCGUUUGGAUAUACGACGUAUCGGGGGAGUUGAGGGGGUGUAAGGAUUGGUGGGAAGGGAUGGGAAUGGAGUGGAUGGAGAGGAGGAAUGGUUGGAAGUCGAGGUGUAUACAACUUGACUGUUUGUCAAGUUUCGAGUCCAGGCUUCGGUGUCACACAUAUCGUCUUCGAGGUACAGCGGGAACCUGCAUUCAGUGUACUUUCAUCUCCCAGCGGUUCGGCAGCACAAAGUGCGACAGUGUACAUGAGAAGAGAUUCGCGUAGAACACGCGCAUGAAUAUUCUGGGUCGAUUCGUCUCACAGUGCGGCUACGACACGGCUGUCUGUGCACUCGAUACAUGCCAGUGCUAUAUCGAGAACACGUUGAAACCUGAGGAGUCCAAGCUCCAUCGGAUCUGUCUGCACUCACGUCAUUCACGCAAAAAGAACAAGUUCAAUGAUGAU